AUGGGGUUAUUAUGGCUGGCCAAGUUCAUGCUAGGAUGUACAGCACUUUUGUACAUGGAACAAGCCCAGGGCCAAUAUGAAGGGGACUUUCAGACAGACAGAUUUGCAGGCUAUGAGGAAAGACAGCCAGCAAACAGAGUGAGAAGAAGAGGCCAAGACACUUUACGAGGACCUAAUGUUUGCGGCUCAAGGUUCCACUCUUACUGCUGCCCUGGAUGGAAAACGCUGCCAGGAGGAAAUCAGUGCAUUGUUCCAAUUUGCCGGAACUCUUGUGGCGAUGGGUUUUGUUCACGGCCGAAUAUGUGCACGUGCUCCAAUGGGCAGCUGUCCCCCAACUGCGGCUCUGGUGGAGUUCAAACCUGCAAUGUCAGGUGCAUGAAUGGGGGAAGCUGCAAUGAGGAAUCCUGCCUCUGCCAGAAAGGAUACACUGGAACUUACUGUGGGCAACCUGUCUGUGAAAAUGGCUGCCAGAACGGAGGUCGGUGCAUUGGACCAAACCGUUGCGCUUGUGUCUACGGGUUCACUGGCCCUCAGUGUGAGAGGGACUAUCGCACCGGUCCCUGCUUCAGCCAGGUGAAUAACCAAAUGUGCCAGGGCCAGCUCAGUGGAAUUGUCUGCACCAAGACCAUGUGUUGUGCCACCAUUGGACGGGCCUGGGGUCACCCAUGUGAGAUGUGCCCUGCCCAGCCUCACCCCUGCCGCCGGGGCUUCAUCCCCAAUAUACGCACUGGAGCCUGCCAAGAUGUGGAUGAAUGUCAGGCUAUCCCAGGCCUGUGUCAGGGUGGAAACUGCAUCAACACCGUGGGCUCCUAUGAGUGCAAAUGUCCCGCAGGACACAAGCAGAGUGAAACCAGCCACAAGUGUGAAGAUGUGGACGAGUGCGCCACGAUCUCCAGUGUGUGCGAUGGUGGCGAGUGCACCAACACGGCAGGCAGCUACGUGUGCACGUGCCCGCGCGGCUUCAUGACCAGUCCAGAUGGAGCCCGCUGCAUCGACCAGCGGAUUGGCACCUGUUUCUCGGCGCUGAUCGGCGGGCGCUGCGCUGGGGAGCUCCCGGGCCAGUACACCAAGAUGCAGUGCUGCUGCGACUCCGGGCGCUGCUGGGCGAUCGGGCAGACCCCUGAAAUGUGCCCCGUCAGGGGAUCCGACGAGUACCGCAGGCUCUGCAUUGAAGGGCUCCCGGCCGUGCCGGGCUUCUCUGGGAGCUUCCCUGGGAUUCCUGGGUUUGGGCCAAACGGUGUCGGGCCUGGAAUCGGCGGACCUGGAGGCAUUGGACCAAAUGGGGCAAACGGCCAAGGCGGGAUCCCGGGGCUUCCUGGGAUGGGCCCUGGAACAGGCUCCUGGGGUGGGGGGAACGGAGCAGGGGGCUCAGGGCUGCCAUUCCAGGCUCUCUUCUCUCUGGGGUUUCCAGGAACAGCCACCUUAAAUCAGACCAUCGACAUCUGCAAGCACUUCACCAACCUGUGUCUGAACGGGCGCUGCAUCCCCACCCCCUCCAGCUACCGCUGCGAAUGCAACAUGGGAUACAAGCAGGACGUGCGUGGCGAGUGCAUUGAUGUGGACGAAUGUUCCAGCAGCCCCUGCGUGCACGGCGACUGUGUGAACACACCUGGCUCCUACCACUGCAAGUGCCAUGAGGGCUUCCAGAGCACCCCCACCAAGCAGGCCUGUAUUGACGUUGACGAGUGCAUCAUGAAUGGCGUGAUGUGCAGGAACGGCCGGUGCGUUAACACCGACGGCAGCUUCCAGUGCAUCUGCAACGCGGGCUUCGAAAUCACCCCCGAUGGCAAGAACUGUGUCGAUCAUGACGAAUGUGCCACAACCAACAUGUGCCUCAAUGGGAUGUGUAUCAAUGAAGACGGCAGCUUCAAAUGCAUCUGUAAACCCGGCUUUGUGUUGGCUCCCAAUGGGCGCUACUGCGUCGACAUUGACGAGUGCGAGACCCCUGGCAUCUGCAUGAACGGCUGGUGCAUUAACACAGAGGGCUCCUUUCGCUGCGAGUGCCUGGGCGGCCUGGCUAUCGGCGUGGAUGGGCGGGUGUGCGUGGACACCCACAUGCGCAGCACCUGCUAUGGAGCCAUUAAGAAGGGCACCUGUGCCCGUCCCUUCCCAGGAGCAGUCACCAAGUCUGAAUGCUGCUGUGCUAACCCCGACCAUGGCUUCGGAGAGCCCUGCCAGCCCUGCCCGGCCAAAAACUCGGCCGAAUUCCAGGCACUCUGCAGCAGUGGCAUUGGAAUAACAGCUGAUGGCAGAGAUAUCAAUGAGUGCGCCCUCAACCCGGACAUCUGCCCCAACGGCAUGUGCGAGAACCUGCGUGGGAGCUACCGCUGCAUCUGCAACCUGGGCUACGAGUCAGAUCCCACGGGCAAGAACUGCGUGGAUGUCGACGAGUGCGCCGUCAAUCGUUUGCUCUGUGACAAUGGCCUGUGCCGUAACACACCCGGCAGCUACACGUGCACCUGCCCCAAGGGCUUUGUCUUCAGGACGGAGACAGACACCUGCGAAGAUAUCAACGAGUGCACGUCCAACCCCUGUGUGAACGGGGUCUGCAGGAACAACGCCGGCUCCUUUGCCUGCGAGUGCUCCCCGGGCAGCAAACUGGACCCCAGUGGCACCAUCUGUGUGGACAGCAUGAAGGGAACGUGCUGGCUGAACAUCCAGGACGGGCGCUGUGAGGUGAACAUUAACGGGGCCACGCUGAAGUCGGAGUGCUGCGCCACACUGGGAGCGGCCUGGGGCAGCCCCUGCGAGCGCUGUGAGAUCGAUACCACCUGCCCCCGAGGGUUUGCCAGGAUGAAGGGGGUCACAUGUGAAGAUGUGAACGAGUGUGAUGUCUUCCCCGGCGUCUGCCCCAAUGGGCGCUGCGUGAACACGGCCGGCUCCUUCCGCUGCGAGUGUCCCGAAGGGCUGACCCUUGAUGGGACUGGCAGGACGUGUGUGGAUGUGCGUGCAGAGCAGUGCUACAUGAAGUGGGAUGAGGAUGAGUGCACGGCGCCCCUGCCCGGGAAGUACCGGAUCGACAUGUGCUGCUGCUCUGUGGGCUCAGCCUGGGGCAGCGACUGCGAAGAGUGCCCCAGAGCUGGCAGCAGCGAGUACAAGGCCAUCUGCCCCAGGGGCCCUGGCUUUGCCAACAGAGGGGACGUGCUCUCAGGCAGACCCUUCUACAAAGAUGUGAACGAGUGUAAGGUCUUCUCUGGCCUCUGUGCUCACGGGACCUGUCGGAACACCAUUGGCAGCUUCCGGUGCCUCUGUGGCAAUGGCUUCGCUUUGGAUGCCGAGGAAAGAAACUGCACAGAUAUCGAUGAGUGCCGCAUCUCGCCGGACCUGUGUGGCCACGGCACCUGCGUCAACACCCCGGGCAGCUUCGAGUGCGAGUGCUUCGACGGCUACGAGAGCGGCUUCAUGAUGAUGAAGAACUGCAUGGACAUCGACGAGUGCGAACGGGACCCGCUGCUGUGCCGUGGAGGGAUCUGUGUCAAUACCGAGGGCAGCUUCGAGUGCAUCUGCCCCCCAGGCCACGAGCUGAGCGCAGAAGGCAAUGCCUGCGUUGAUAUCAAUGAGUGCUCCCUCAGCGACAGCCUGUGCCGCAACGGGCACUGCGUCAACGUCAUCGGCACCUACCAGUGCGCCUGUGACUCUGGCUUCCAGGGCACUCCGGACAGGCAGGGCUGCAUCGAUAUUGACGAGUGCACCAUCAUGAAUGGCGGCUGCGACACGCACUGCACCAACUCAGAGGGCAGCUACCAGUGCAGCUGCAGCGAAGGCUACGCGCUCAUGCCGGACAAGAGGUCGUGUACAGAUAUCGAUGAGUGCGAGGACAACCCAGAGAUCUGCGACGGGGGCCAGUGCACCAACAUCCCAGGGGAGUACCGCUGCCUUUGCUUUGACGGAUUCAUGGCCUCCCUGGACAUGAAGACGUGCAUCGAUGUGAACGAGUGUGACCUGAACCCCAACAUCUGCCUGCACGGCGAGUGUGAGAACACCAAGGGCUCCUUCAUCUGCCACUGCCAGCUCGGCUACUUCGUCAAGAAGGGGGCAACGGGCUGCACAGAUAUCGACGAGUGUGAGAUCGGUGCUCACAACUGUGACAUGCAUGCCUCCUGCAUCAACGUGCCCGGCAGCUUUAAGUGCAAGUGCCGCAUGGGCUGGCUUGGAGAUGGGCUGAAAUGCAAUGACCUGGAUGAAUGUGCCACUGAAGAGCACAAGUGCAACCUGAAUGCCAAUUGCGUGAACACACCUGGCUCCUACCGCUGUGCCUGCCGAGAGGGCUUCUCCGGUGACGGCUUCUCCUGCUCAGAUGUGGACGAGUGUGCGGACAACGUGAACCUGUGUGAGAACGGGCAGUGCCUGAACGCACCCGGGGGCUACCGCUGCGAGUGCGAGAUGGGCUUCAACCCCACGGAGGACAGCAGGGCCUGCCAGGACAUCGACGAAUGCACCUUCCAGAACAUCUGCGUCUUCGGGAGCUGCCAGAACCUGCCUGGGAUGUUCCGCUGUGCCUGUGAUGACGGCUAUGAGCUCGACAGGAGUGGAGGCAACUGCACAGACGUCAACGAGUGCGCGGACCCCGUGAACUGCAUCAACGGGCUGUGCGUCAACACCCCGGGCAGCUACCUGUGCAACUGCCCCCAGGACUUCGAGCUGAACCCCACGGGAGUGGGCUGUGUGGACACCCGCGUCGGGAACUGUUUCCUGGACACUCAGGACCGCGGGGAUGGUGGGAUCUCGUGCAGCGCUGAAAUUGGGGUGGGCGUCACUCGGGCCUCCUGCUGCUGCUCGCUGGGCCGUGCCUGGGGGAACCCCUGUGAGUUCUGCCCUCCAGCCAACACAACGGAGUACAAGACCCUGUGCCCCGGAGGAGAAGGCUUCAGGCCCAACCCCAUCACAGUCAUCCUGGAGGAUAUCGACGAGUGCCAGGAGCUGCCAGGCCUCUGCCAGGGGGGCAACUGUGUGAACACUUUUGGAAGCUUCCAGUGCGAGUGCCCCCUGGGCUACUACCUCAACGAGGACACACGCAUCUGUGAAGAUAUUGACGAGUGCUCUGCCCACAUCGGGAUCUGCGGCCCUGGGACUUGCUACAACACCCUGGGCAACUACACCUGCGUGUGCCCCCCUGAGUACAUGCAGGUCAACGGAGGAAACAACUGCAUGGACAUGAGGAAGAGCGUGUGCUACCGCAACUACAACGACACCUGUGAGAAUGAGCUCGCCUUCAACAUGACCAAGAAGAUGUGCUGCUGCUCCUACAACAUCGGCAAGGCCUGGAACAAGCCCUGCGAGCCCUGCCCCACCCCUGCCAGCCCCGAGUACCAGAUCCUUUGUGGGAACCAGGCCCCUGGCUUUAUCAUCGACAUUCACACGGGGAAGCCAAUCGAUAUUGACGAGUGCAGUGAGAUCCCUGCUAUCUGCACCAAUGGCGUCUGCAUCAACCAGAUCGGCUCCUUCCGCUGCGAGUGCCCCAUCGGUUUCAGCUACAACAACAUUCUGCUCAUCUGCGAAGACAUUGAUGAGUGCAGCAGCGGGGAGAACCUUUGCCAGCGCAAUGCUGAUUGCAUCAACAUCCCGGGCAGUUACAGGUGCGAAUGCUCAACCGGAUACAAGCUGUCACCUAGCGGAGCCUGUGUGGGUCGCAAUGAAUGCCAGGAAAUCCCCAAUGUCUGCAGCCACGGGGACUGUGUGGACACCGAGGGCAGCUAUAUCUGCAUCUGUCACAACGGGUUCAAGGCCACAGGAGAGCAGACCAUGUGCAUGGAUAUUGAUGAAUGUGACCGGCAGCCCUGUGGGAACGGCACCUGCAAGAAUACAGUCGGCUCCUACAACUGCCUGUGCUUCCCUGGCUUUGAGCUGACACACAAUAAUGACUGCAUGGACAUUGACGAGUGCUCCUCCCUGGGGGGGCAGGUGUGCCGGAAUGGCCAGUGUAUAAACAGCAUUGGCUCCUUCCAGUGCCUGUGCCAGGAAGGGUAUGACCGGACCCUGGAUGGGAAGAACUGUGUCGACAUCAAUGAGUGCGUGAGCCUGCCUGGAACCUGCUCUCCGGGGACGUGUCAGAACCUGGAAGGCUCUUUCCGCUGCAUCUGCCCCCCGGGGUACGAAGUGCAGAAUGACAACUGCAUCGAUAUCAACGAGUGUGAGGAGGAGCCCAACAUCUGCCUGUUUGGUACCUGCACCAACACCCCCGGCAGCUUCCAAUGCAUCUGCCCCCCCGGCUUCGUCCUGUCCGACAACGGCCGCAGGUGCUUUGACACCCGCCAGAGCUUCUGCUUCACCCGCUUCGACAAUGGCAAGUGCUCCGUCCCCAAGGCCUUCAACACCACCAAGGCCCGCUGCUGCUGCAGCAAGAUGCCCGGAGAGGGCUGGGGCGACCCCUGCGAGCUGUGCCCCCAGGAAGGAAACGUUGCCUUCCAGGAGCUGUGCCCGUAUGGCCACGGGGCUAUCCCCGGCCCAGGCGAUACCCGGGAAGAUGUGAACGAGUGCGCCGAGAACCUCGGGAUCUGCAUCAACGGGGCUUGUAUUAACACUGACGGCUCCUUCCGCUGCGAGUGUCCCUUUGGCUAUAAUUUGGAUUACACCGGAGUCAACUGUGUGGAUACCGAUGAAUGCUCCAUCGGCAACCCAUGUGGGAACGGGACCUGCACCAAUGUGGUGGGAGGCUUCGAGUGCACCUGCGACGAGGGGUUUGAGCCGGGCCCCAUGAUGACCUGCGAAGAUAUCAACGAGUGCGCGCUGAACCCCCUGCUCUGCGCCUUCCGCUGCAUCAACACCUUUGGCUCCUACGAGUGCACCUGCCCCUCGGGAUACACCCUCCGGGAAGACAGGAGAAUGUGCAAAGAUCUGGACGAGUGCACAGAAGGCCUCCAUGACUGCGAGUCUCGAGGGAUGAUGUGCAAGAACCUCAUUGGUACCUUCAUGUGCAUCUGCCCCCCAGGAAUGCAGCGCAGACCCGACGGAGAGGGCUGUACAGAUGAGAAUGAAUGCCGCACCAAGCCGGGGAUCUGCCCCAACGGCCGCUGUGUUAACACUGUGGGCAGCUAUCGGUGUGACUGCAAUGAAGGCUUCCAAGCCAGCGCCUCAGGCACCGAAUGCAUCGACACCCGCCAGGGAUUCUGCUUCACUGAAGUGCUGCAGACCAUGUGCCAGAUGUCCUCCACCAACCGCAAUCCGGUCACCAAGUCUGAGUGCUGCUGCAAUGGUGCCCGCGGCUGGGGGACCCAGUGUGAGCUCUGCCCGCUCCCAGGAACCACCCAGCACAAAAAGAUGUGUCCACAUGGGCCUGGGUACACCACCGAUGGGCGAGACAUCGAUGAGUGCAAGGUGCUGCCCAACCUCUGCAGAAAUGGACAGUGCAUCAACAGCAUCGGCUCCUUCCGCUGCCACUGCAAGCUGGGCUACACCACCGACAUCACGGGCACAGCCUGCAUGGAUCUGGAUGAGUGUAACCAGUCUCCUAAGCCAUGUAACUUCAUCUGCAAGAACACGGAGGGCAGCUACCAGUGCUCCUGCCCCAGGGGGUACAUCCUCCAGGAGGACGGAAAGACCUGCAAAGACUUGGAUGAAUGCUCCACCAAGCAGCACAACUGCCAGUUCCUGUGUGUGAAUGUCGUUGGCGGGUUCAACUGUAAAUGCCCCCCUGGAUUCACUCAGCACCACUCCUCCUGCAUCGACAAUAACGAGUGUACAGCCCAGCCCACGCUGUGUGGAGCCAAAGGACAGUGUCAGAACACGCCAGGCAGCUAUAACUGUGAAUGCCAGAAAGGAUUCUCCCUGGACAGCUCUGGUAUCAACUGUGAAGAUGUGGAUGAGUGCGACGGGAACCAUCGCUGCCAGCACGGCUGUCAGAACGUCCUGGGAGGCUACCGCUGUGGCUGUCCUCAGGGCUAUGUGCAGCAUUACCAGUGGAACCAGUGCGUGGAUGAAAACGAGUGCUCCAGCCCCUCCGCCUGCGGCUCCGCCUCCUGCUACAACACUCUGGGCAGCUUCAAGUGCGUCUGUCCGUCCGGCUUCGACUUCGACCAGGCCUUCGGCGGGUGCCAGGAUGUGGACGAGUGCUCGGCCGGCGGCAGCCCCUGCAGCUACGGCUGCUCCAACACUGAUGGGGGCUACCUGUGUGGCUGCCCUGGGGGAUACUUCCGAGCUGGACAAGGGCACUGUAUUUCUGGACUCGGCUUCGGCAAAGGCUCCUAUCUGCCUGCCCCUCCGGAGGAGGAUGAGGAGAACCUGCUCUCCCCCGAGACCUGCUACGAGUGCAAGAUAAAUGGCUACCCCAAGCGGGGCCGUCAGCGCCGCAGCAUCAACGGGACUGAUGGGCACCAGGAGCCCGCAGUGAGUCUGGCCAGCGUGGACAUUGAUGCUCCCCUGUCCAUGAGCCUGAACCUCUCGGCCCUGGACCACAAGGAGCACAUCCUGGAGCUGCUUCCGGCUGUAGAGCCCCUGGAAAACCAUGUGCGCUAUGUGGUCUCUCAUGGGAACGAGGACGGCUACUUCCGCCUCCACCAGAAAGAAGGACUGAGCUACCUGCACCUUGGCCGCAAGAAGAUGGUGCCUGGCACCUACCUGCUGGAGAUCGUGAGCGUGCCCCUGUAUCGCAAGAAGGAACUGCAGAAACUGGAGGCCAAGAACGACCUCAACUACUUGGCAGGGGAGCUUGGCCAAGCACUCAGGAUGAGGCUUCAGCUCCAGCUUUACUAG